AUGAAUAGUAUGAAUUAUACUUAUGAUCGAUCAAAAACAUUAAUUGUACAACGUCUACAAACUAUUCAACGACAACUUCAACAAGCAUCACAAGCAUUACAAGAUUUCGGUAAUCAACCAUUACCUCAAUGUCUAUCUGGAAUGAAUCCUCCAUUAGAUUUCACAACAUUAUCAGCAAUGGUUACAGCUGUUGUACGUAAAGGUCAAUAUAAAUUAAAACAACGAUUUGAAUAUAACAAAAAAAUGUUAAAAUUAGUCCCAACAGAUCAUCUUUUUGUAAAAAAUUGUUUACGAUUUUAA